CGCCUUCCUCUACUCUCUCGCUCUCUCUCACUCCCUCUCUCCAGGCUGUGCCUCAUUGGUGUGUCCUGAUUCCCUUUUUCCAUUAGGCUCCAGGCCCAUUGGUCGUCCGCCUUCCAACCAUUAUCUCCACUCGUCCACCCCUCUUUCAUCCUGUCUCCCUCCACUCUGCCUCCUUACAUGCCCAGUCAUCUCUGAAGUCGUUAAUUAAAAAAAACGGGGAAAAAAAACAAAAAAGAGUUUGCAUGCAUUGCGGGAGCAGAAGUUUGCAGUGAGCACAGUAAAUGAAUUGGGAGAGAAGUAAAGGGAAGGCUGUCAGAAAGAAGAGGAAGCACAUUUGGGAGAAAAGUUUAAAGAGAAGACUGCAGCUGAAAAUGAGUCUGGAGGAGAUGUGGUGAGCAUUUCCUCUCCAAGUGAAUGCCAGUGGGUUAGAGUGGAAGCCGAGGUCUGGAAGAACUGUCUCAACACCAAACCAUUGCAGAUGGAGGUGGAUGCGGACGAUAAGCACCACCGCACACGCUCCAAAGUACCUGUGGAUCCUGCAUUAACACAGCUUUUCAGUGUGUAUGGAUGCCCUAUGGCCAAGAAGAGAAAGAGUCUAGACAGACAAACCUUGGAGACCUCCCCCAAAAGAAGCACCUACCUAGAUGACAUGGACAACUCCACAAUGGAGGAGUGCUACGAGACAGACGGAACAGAGGAGAUGGGCGACAGAGAGGAGGAAGAGGAUGGAGCGCUCGAGGAGGAGGAGGAGGAGGAGGACGGUGAGGUGGAGGAGGUUGAAGGCUAUAUGGACUACAACGAAGAGCAAAUGGAGCAUGAGGAAGGCGAGAUGGGAAGAGGGGAGGGUGAGGAAGAGGUAGAUGUGGAGGAUGAAGAAGAUGAAGAAGAGGAAGAGAGGGUGGAGGAGGAAGAAGAGGAGGAGACAGUGGCUGUGGAGGACUAUGAAGAGGGGGAAGAGGAGGAAGGAGAGCAAGGGCAAGAGGAGGAUCCGAUGAGCGGUGGUGAGGGCGGUGCUGGAGAUGGCAGUGGCGAGAAUGCCAAGUCAGGUUCCACAGCGGAGAAGGAUGACAACAACAACGACGAGUAUGAAAACUAUGACGAGCUUGUGGCCAAAUCGCUGCUUAAUCUGGGCAAGAUCGCAGAAGAUGCCGCCAACCGGGCAAUGACAGAGUCAGAGAUGAACAGCAACUCCUCUCACAGUGCUGAGGAAGAAGAAGAGGAGGAGGAGGAGGAUGAAGAGGAAGAAGAAGAGGAGGAGGAAGAAGAGGAGGAAGAGGAGGAAGAAGAAGAAGAAGAAGAGGAGGAAGAGGAGGAGGACGAGGAAGAAGAAGAGGAAGAGAGCGAGGAUACACCAACAGAUCAUCAACAUGAUCUGAGUUUGGACGUUCAUAGUGACGUGGUUAGAGAGACUGUGGACUCGCUCAAACUCCUGGCACAAGGACAUGGUGCUGUCUUGUCAGACAAUUUAGAGGGACAGGACUAUGAGGAAGGCAUUGCUGUAAAUGGAGACUGUUCCCACAACGGCAUCGGUAUGCACAAUGGUGGUAAUGGACUAGGGAAGAUCACCGGUAAUGGACAAUUAGAAAACAGUGAUGAGGAAGUUUGUCUAAGCAGUCUGGAGUGCCUACGGAAUCAAUGCUUCGAUCUUGCUCGGAAACUCAGUGAAACGAAGCCCACAGACCGCAACGGGUCAUUCCAGCAGAAUCAUUAUCUAUGCGGGGACAUGAACCAGCAGCCCCAACAUCACGGUUAUGGGGAGUUCCAGCAUAGCCAGGAUGACAGACGAGCGCUCGACAGGAACUAUUCAGACAUGGACAAUCUCUUGAAGCUUGAGGAGCAGCUGAGCCCGCGGUCCAAGGCCUUCGCUAGUUGCGUACAGGGCGACCGGUUUCACCACCGGGACUUCGACGAAGACACGGCAUCUGUGACAUCCGACAGGUCAGAGGAAGUGUUUGACAUGACAAAGGGCAACCUGUCCUUGUUGGAAAAGGCCAUUGCGUUGGAGUCCCAACGUGCGAAGGCGCUGCGUGAUAAAAUGGAGGCGGAAGCAACUAGGAGAGACGGAGUGAGGUAUGGCCACGACGACCACGGCUCACGGCAUGCCUAUGGCGUUGAGCGUAAAGGACGACUCCAUGAUGGAAUGAAGAAGAUUUUCUAUCAUAAAGAUGCUUCCCGUGCAGACAAGAAGGAGAGCCGCUGUCCGACACCGGGCUGUGACGGCACGGGUCAUGUGACUGGCUUGUACCCCCACCAUCGAAGCCUGUCGGGCUGUCCGCACAAAGACAGAGUGCCACCAGAAAUUGUGGCUAUGUAUGAGAACGUUCUUAAGUGUCCUACGCCUGGCUGCACUGGACGCGGCCAUGUCAAUAGCAACAGAAACUCCCACAGAAGUCUGUCUGGAUGCCCCAUCGCUGCAGCCGAGAAGCUGGCCAAGGCCCAGGAAAAACACCAGAGCUGUGACGGCUCCAAGCCCAACCAGGCUUCUGAUCGAGUCUUAAGCACGCCCCGAUCCAACCUGGCCAAGGAGCUGGAGAAGUACUCCAAGACCAGCUUUGACUACAGCGCCUUUGAGGCCACCAACAACCACCAAGUGUACGGGAAACGGGCCAUUGCACCCAAGGUUCACGGGCACAGGGAUACCUCCCCUAAAGGAUUUGACGCCAAGCGCUACUGCAAGAACUCCAGCUCAGCCAGCAGCACCAGCAGCACCUACGCUCCCAGCAGUAGCAGCAGCAGCCUGAGCUGUGGAGGUGGAGGAGGGGGUGUCGGAGGAGGCGGAGGCAGCAGCGCCAGCAGCACCUGCAGCAAGAGCAGCUUCGACUACAGCCACGACAUGGAGGCCGCACACAUGGCCGCCACGGCCAUCCUCAACCUGUCCACACGCUGUCGGGAGAUGCCCCAUGGAAUGGGGGGAAAACCCCAGGAUCUGUGCUCGCAGAGUCCCAGCCUGGAUGUUGACGAAAACGGUACCUUGGACCUGAGUAUGAGCAAGCGUCUGUGCAGUGGCGGAGGGGACUCCGUGCUCACCCCGCUAGAGCCCAUGUCCCCCCAGAGGCAAGCUGCCCUUCUGGGUUCCCGCUGCUAUGGGAUGGGGGACGCUGCCGACUGUUGGGACCUCCCUGUAGACUACACCAAGAUCAAACACAUAGAUGAGGACGACAAAGAGGAUGACCUGGACCCCUUCCAAGACCUGCUGGAGGAUCGCUCCUACACCACAGAUGUUAACAUGCCCAGUCCCAAGCCCAAGUAUGCCCAGUGCAAGGAGAGUAAGAAGGACCUGAUAACAUGUCCCACACCGGGGUGUGACGGAAGUGGUCACUUGACGAGCAAUUUCGCCUCACAUCGAAGUCUCUCAGGUUGUCCAUUAGCUGAUAAAAGUAUUCGGAGCAUGCUGGCCAACAACGCGCAAGAGCUCAAGUGCCCGACACCAGGGUGCGAUGGUUCGGGACAUAUCACUGGCAACUACGCCUCUCACAGAAGCCUCUCAGGGUGUCCACGGGCCAGGAAAAGUGGGAUUAAGAUCAUCCACAGUAAAGAGAACAAGGAAGACCAAGAGCCUAUCAGGUGUCCUGUUCCUGGUUGUGAUGGUCAGGGUCAUGUGACAGGAAAGUAUGCAUCCCACAGAAGUGCAUCAGGAUGUCCCAUAGCAGCCAAGAGACAAAAAGAUGGCUACCUAAACGGCAUCCAGUUCACGUGGAAGUCUGGCAAGACGGAGGGAAUGUCCUGCCCCACGCCGGGCUGCGACGGGUCGGGUCACGUCAGCGGCAGCUUCCUGACGCACCGGAGCCUGUCAGGCUGCCCACGUGCCACCUCCGCGAUGAGGAAAGCCAGGCUCUCCGGAGUGGACAUGCUCACAAUGAAGCAGCAGCGCAGCAGCAAUGGGUUGGAUCACGAAGAGGAGCUCAAACAUCUGGAUGAAGAAAUCAAAGACUUAAGUGACUCAAAUUCACAAGUGGAAGCAGACAUGAUCAAACUCAGAACUCAGAUCACCACUAUGGAGUCCAACUUGAAGUCCAUGGAGGAGGAAAACAAGGUGAUUGAACAGCAAAAUGACUCUCUCCUGCAUGAGCUGGCCAACCUCAGCCAGUCACUGGUUAACAGUUUAGCUAAUGCCCAGCUCCCCCAUAUGAAACCGCUGGCACACAAAGAACCUCUUCUUCGGACUAACAGCUGCUUACAGCUCCACCAGCAAGAGCCAAUCGAACAAAACUUUGAUGCCUACGUCACUUCCUUAACGGACAUGUACACAACCCAGGAGCAGUACCACAGUCCGGAAAACAAAGCCUUGUUGGACAACAUCAAGCAGGCGGUCCAAGGGAUCCAAGUGUAACCAUUUGGCAAAGGCAGCCUCACGUUCACCCCUGCAAGAUGUGGGCCGUGUCUCAGAAUCCUCAAGAGCGGUGAAGGUUCCAUCUCCUUGGUGCAGAGCAGUUACUGAUAAUGUACAGUGUUAUAUAUUCUGAAUACUUUAAGAAAAAGAGAGGUAUUAUGCUUAGCAAGAGACGUUAAGACAAUUUCUUUUCUUUUCGGGGGUCUUGCUUCGAGGAAGAACACAAAAGCAUAAACAGCAAAAUAGUUUUUGAGGACAUUUUGUACGUUUUCAUAUGAGCUGACAGUGUCAUGUAAUGUUUCUAGCUGCUCACAUAUGCACAUUUUAGUGUAUACUACUGAACAGUAAGCUGAUACUAACGGAACAGUUCUUUUUAUUGCUUGACCACAGAGCAUUUUCAAUGAAAAACAAAAGCUGAGCUAGACAGUGAUAUAAAAGAACAAAAACUCAUAAAGAGGAAACAACAAUGUUUUUGCCUCAACGGGUGGUUUUAAAUUUUGUUUUUGUUUUUUUCUUCUGUCUUGCUUGUGGAGUGUUCAAGGGCAAGAGCUGGCUUGCAAAUAUCUUUAUUUUCUACAAUGCUUGAAAAAAAUUGUUUGUGUUUUGUUUUAUUAUUUACAAAAAUGUGUAGCUGAACAGGGGGGAUUUGUAAUUGGUGCUGUCAAUGAAUCUGGAGGGGGGCAACUGACCGGACGUACAGUAUGUAUGAAUGUAUGUAUGAGCAGUUAUAUUGUAAACAUCAUUACACGGAAACCCGAUGGUGGAGAUCCCAUUAUUUAGGAGACCAAAUUAAUUCCCAGGGGAACAGUGCAUGUGCAUUGUACGAUCACAUGCAUCUCAUCAUAUAAUCUCAAUUCCAAAUGUAUAGACAACGACCUAGAGACAUCACUCAUAUCCUCCUAUUAAAUCCAAACUGUGUUGCUAGAAUCAGAAAUAUUUCAGCAAUAUAAAAAGUAAAUCAUUUGUUUAUUGUAGUUAGGAGAUACAAUCUGCAAAGCAACAAAAUAUAGGGUAUAUGCAAUUUCUUGUUUAUGAACAAAGUGGGGCAACACUAAUCUUUCUAAUAUAGCCUUGUAAAAUAGUGAUUUUUUUAUACAAAUCUUUUAAUACGAAAAAGUUUUUUAAAAUGUAGGAGGAAUCUGAUAGUUGAGUUGUCAAAGUGAAACGUUCGUUCCACUUUUUUCUGUAAUAUUUUGCACAGGGACACCUUCGUUUCCAUGUUUUGAUGUUCUUACAGAACUAAAAGCAGUACCCGAGAGACGAAAAGGAGGGUUUUGUAAAGAGUAUUUAUAGACAGGAGGACUUACAGGGUCACUGUCCCCACAUAUGUGCCAGUAGACUAUUUGCACUUGUCCUUGAAGAUAUUAUCCUUACAUAUGGCGACGUGCAAUUUUCCAGGUGACCUCUUUGGCACACAAUUGGAGCAACUAAGAGCUUGGAGCCACUGUGUGGAUUAAGUACCACUGAAAAAGGAAGAACAGGGAAGAGGAUGACUAUAACCAUAGCAGUUGUACUGUAGGCUAUUGUAAAAACAUGAUCAAUGUUCAUUUUUGCUAUGUUUUAGGAAGAUGACGUUAUCCCCCAGCAGCACUUUAUAUCUAAUCACUGUACAAAGGAAUUAAGAAAUGAAUCAAUUCAAGGUUUUAAAAAAGAAGCAGAAGACAACAAAGGCCUGGUGAAACAAGACCUUUUGAGAGUGAUACAAUCCAGCAUCACACACCCAGCGUGACUGUAUGCACUUCUCCAUUCUGUUGUUCUAGUUGUUAGCGGUCAUCAGAUUUUGCCUUGUCCUGAGCGAAUGCAGCUGAAUCUCAUCGAAUGAACUUUGGCAGUCCCACUGCCAGGAGUCUCUCCUGCGCAUCAUCCAUAACUGCAUUUGCCUUUUUCCACGGCAUUGUGUCUGCAGCUUUUGCCAAUAUAGUGAUGCUUCAGUAGACUAAUUGCUCGUACAAGUUUUUGGGAUUAAUUGUCAUUAUCAGUCAAAACGGAAAAAGGGAUUCUUAAAGCACAAACUGCUCAUCUGAGGUUGGUACGUAAAUAACAAAUCUGAAGGGUUAUCUGUGACUAUCUAUAGGGAACACAAAAAGGUUGCCAUAUAUUUAGAAUGAUGACUUUUCAUUUUUAAAAUCAAAUGUCAUAUCAUCAGAGUUUACUACUUUAUUUGCACCAUUUCAUUUUAAGAUGGGUUUCACUGACCAUGAACAAAGACUGGAUUUUGUAUAAACUAUUGUGCUCUCUGUGGAACUGAAGUUUGAUUUAUUUUUGUACGACACAGCAUGGAUUUGUUGACAUUUUAAUUUUGCUAUAAAUGUGUGGGAUCACAAGUUGCUGUGAUAUUUCCUUUAUAAAUUGUGAACUUUGUACAAUUUUUGUCAUGCUGGUUGUUGACACAUCUUACUCGAAUAAAGAAAAAUGUGUUGCCAGAGGCCUGUAAAA